AUGAACGCCAGUCCAGGAGCUUCAGAUGCUUCCGAUGGUGAUGCGGGGAGCUCCGAUGCAUCCCAAUCCGGAACAAAAGCUUCUGGAACGCAAAUCAAUUUGCCUACUCGUCGCAAAAGGAGGUCCGGUAUCUAUGGGCUUCCCUUCGAUCCAGGUCUCCCUCUCUUCCCUCCUCCUAAGGUGUUUUCGCGGCUCCUUGCUGAUGCGGAAAAGGUUGAUGCACACAUCAUCUUCCCGAGCAUUUCCCGCGGUGCUCGGUGCCGUGGCCAAAACCGCCGAGCAACACGGAAACUGUUGGAAUCCCUAUCCUCUCGUGCACGGCAAGCGGGCGUUCAGUCGGGAAAGAGCUCCAGCGAAAGCAGUUCAAAGAACAGGCUACCCGGGUGCCUGAAACGCUUCAUAGUGUGCAUCAAAGGGUGCAAUAGUCUGACCAGGGAGGAUGAGCCCGCCUCGCUGGCGCGUGCACCCCUGCAUGGUACAAGCGUAGCGGCUAUGCCGAGCACAGCUGGUGCCUCUCGUGGAUCAACCCUUGCAGAAAGAAAUCUCGUCAGUCUCUCGUCUGGGAAUAGCAAGUCGGAGAUGGAGACGUUUGGAGAGGAUCAUCAUGCCAUAGAGACUUCGACUGCUGCCCGCGACGGACAUCGAAUGGAGCUCCGCCUUCUAAACUAUGAGCAGCGCUUGAAUAAACCCAUUGAGCUCCCGGAUUCGAGCUCAUACAACGGUGGGCAGCUGAGUGAUUUUCACUUGACUAACCACAGCACCCGCUAUGCUGAGGUGGCUACCCACCAAGGCUGCCCCCCUUUUUCAGCAGCUUCUUCACCUCAGCUUGUGCGAGGUGGCUUUCGCAGCCGGCGGCUAGCCCACGCAACGCCUACAAGCCCUUUUCCGCCGAUGGGCACUGGACAUGCGGGUGCCUGGCAAAACAAAGACCCGGCGCUGAGCCAUCAAGAUGAAACGAGCGAUACAUGCCUUUGGACCACCGACUUGGAGACCCGCCAGACCAGAAACGGAGCGGAGUGGCAUCCGCACGCGUCGUCGAGCGCGAGCAGUCAGCAUCAAAACACAGCGCUUCUCCCCCCGCCGGCAUCUACGACUGCUGGAGAGAGAUCUGGUUCUGGUUCAAGUGCGACUCAUACUCUGACAAGCCAGUUGCUAUCUUCACAGAAGUGGGGCCGUAUGUGCGCCAGCGAAAUGGCUGAUGACAGCAGUGAGCGGCCGAAACCGGUUAACCAGGCACACCCACAACUGUCUGAGGACCCUUUCCACUUAACUGCUUGUCCCCGCGGACGCUGGGGCACGGCGUCACAAGAUGACCGAAGUGGGUCGCGGAACCUCGGUUGUGGUAGCCGUAAGCGGCAGGCGUAUACUGUCGAGGGCCACGACGUCUGUGAAGAAGAGGCUUCAUCCGUCAGUCCCGUCAGCAGCCGCACACAGCUGAGCUACGAUGGCGGGAGAGAGAAACCCACAGCAGCAUCAGUUUCGGGCGAAGCACUUGAAGCAGAUACGAUUUCUCAACAAGCAAUCGAAGAAGCCACGUUAAUGUAUAGCUGUAUCCACGGCGCAGCUGUACCGUACUUGGCGCCUUUGUCUGAUACGCAAAGCGAAGUCGCGUGUGACGCCGCACGGAGGGCGUACGGCGAGUUCACUCGGCCGUCACAGUCUGCCGAGACACCCCAGCAAUGCGGAGCAGAGCCUUGUAAAUGUCGGUUUUCCAGCAUCGUUUCACGAUAUCCUUUCCACGUACUCUGCAAUGCCAAACACUACCUACGCUGUCUGCUGCCGACGAAUUUUCUCUCAAAACAAUUGGUGCACGGGAAAGGAAAAUCGUCGUCAGAGGAUAUCGUAACCUGUGAAAGAAACAGUAGCUGGAAAGCUGCACCCAGAUAUCACAAAGGAUACCGCAAGACUGUUUGCAUCACAUCGAAUUACUCUUCCAACGGUGGGUGGCGGCAAACCGCGAAUUGCCUUCUUCGUAGCUCCUUACCGCCUCCGAGCUUUAAAAGUGUGCUAGGGGGAAAACUCACACAACAGCGUGGUGCGAAAGGCUCUUUUCAAGCACGAACUGUGCUACCGUGCUUAAUGGAGGGAACCCGUUGCCACAGGAAAGGGCACCCGCGGCGCUGGCCUCUUGCGAGGGUCAUGGCAUCUUUGCCACAGUCUGCUGUGCUCAUUAACCAAUGGCGGGAUCAUGUUCCCUCGUCUCGUAAGGCUCAGCAGCGGUUGCACUUCGAGAGGAGCUUGUCUGUGGGCGGGAGGCCUUUCCCUCUGAAGCGCGUUGGGGCAUACAAGGAUAUCCGCGCCGAUGGCACUCCCUUGUCCUGCCUCUCUCCGACUUCCGCUGCGUACUCGCUCGAUACCCUGGAGCCCCAUGCGAUCAUGCAACUGAUGAGGUGCGCAUUGCAUGCAAGCAGCCGCAGGCUAACUCCCAGCUGGGCAGGUCAAUGUGUGAACCGGCGAGACGCGGGGGAAAGGUCUACCUCAUCAGCUUCCCUGGGGGUUAGCGUAAGUGGCCAUGGCCUUUGUGGCCGCCCGGCCAACGCUGAUGGCAGCAGCUUCAGCUCCUCUUGGUCAGCCGAUCUCCAGCAGCCGCUACACUUCACCGAGAAAGCGAUAAACAACACUACAGAAGGCCAUUCCGAAGCACCUCGUUCGGGAUGCAAAAGUGAAGCUGAGGGGUCUACUGACGAAUCAGUGCUCAGGGCGCGCAGGACAGAGGCAUCUUUUCAAAAAAGGCAGCCCAGCAGGAGGAGUCCCCGUAAUAAAAAGGGACGCACAGUGGAAUCGGCCGUCAUGCACUCAGCCGGUCAUUCUGGACUUCGUGAUGAACUGAACAGCGGCACGACCUACGGAAAAGACGACAGGUCUAGAGUGGGCCGGUGCGAGUAUCUUUCCGAGCACCGACAUUGCACACUGGAAGCAGCCGAUCCACUGAAACCGGAGCAAAUGCGGCGCAUUCUGCUAGCGGAGCAACUUCAGGAGCGACCUCCUGGACAGCAGUGCCAGUUCAGCGUUUGCGCCGGGAGGCACGUCUCGCAGGAAGAGACGUUCGAUCCCCGGCGGAGCCGCCUUGAGACCGGAAUGUUCACGCUUUAUCGAAUGCACUGCUUCGUAAAAUUCCACCAGCACCUUGUUCUGCUCCACAUCGCAGGCAGCCCUCAACGCAUUCGUACUAAGCAUGAGCUUCAGCACGGUGCCACGUAUCUGUUUGACGAGCUUCUUCAUUUUCACCGAAAGCAGCAGUGUACGCAGCAAAAAAGGCAACAAAAGCCGCUGCAAUCAUCUGCAUGCGAUGGGCCAAAGCUCACGUCGAAGUCUGAAUGCCGACAGCGGUGUAAUAUCUGCAACGUGGUUAAUGUCGACGGCAAGCGUGGCGGUUCUUUCGGGCAGACCCCUCUCGCUUCUUUCACUGCAACCCCAGUUCAUCGCAGGACCUCUGCAGCAGCGGCAGCGGUUGCUGCCUUGCGGAGGGAUCGAGCACUGCCGCGAUCGAUAGAGUCGCCCUCCGAUAAUACAUGGGGGCUUGGAACCAAUACAUGCAAGGUAGAACACCACAGAAAACUGAACGUGCCGCCGCUCAGUGAGUGCCUUCGUGAUCGUCCAGAGAAGCUGCAUGUAUUAUCCCGGCAGCGAAAGCAAAGGCAGAAAAUACAGCAACUCCCGGACCUGAUCUCCUACGAGGCAUCGCCUUCUCAUUCGAUGACCCCAGAAAACUAUAUCCCACAGUUUACCCCAGCAUCUACGCAUUCUGCAUCACCGCCAGCGUCCCUCCCUACGGGAAACGUAGCUAAAUUUGUCGGCCUUCGACAGGCGGCCCUUCAUGAGCGUUCUGGAGGGACAUGUACUGGGAAUGUAGCGGCGCCGCCAAUUUUCAUGCGCCAUCAGCCUCAGUGUUUGAAUACAGAUGGCAGUGUAGGCUAUAGCCCGCACAAUCGACAGCCUGUCUCGUCAGGGUAUUCCGCGCCCAGCGACGCGCUGGGUGAUGACAGGCCGUUUGAAGCCCCUGGUGUUGACAGGCGUCGGACAAGGCUAUUUCGCGUCAGCCGAAGACAGAAUCCGCCGUAUGCUGCCAUGUCGCCCCGCUCUUGGCUCGCAAGAGGGAGCAGAGGAGCUCAACAGGUAGUACGGGUCGCUGCAACCGACAGGCCAUAUCGUGAAACAACUUUCAAUGCACCUGGCAAUGCUGCCCGCCUCCAACCUGCCCACCUCUUGCCUCCCCACUGCCGGUUUCUCAUGAGUCCGGGCCAUUGCGCACACGGCGCGCAACCCUUCACCACGAAUAUUUCGUAUGGUCUCUCGGCGGAAUCAGCAGUGGGACACGCCCGCCCCAGUAGCAGCAACCCUACUGGCUGCAGCAAAUGGCAAACCGUUACAGAGGAGUGCUCCUUAUGUUCUACCUGUCAUGGCUGUCGCUUUUGGGGCCCCAUCAUCGGCCGGCGUCACCACGUCUCUCAGACCUGUACGCGCGGGCAUGUGCCUGCGCAUAUCCGCAAAACCACCCACCUCUUUGCUGGGAGGUUUGCUGGUGCUGAUGUUUCGCUUGCCACCAACAGUCCAAACCAGCACCUCGUGGGAAAUUCCACGAAGCACCCGCGAUGUUUUCUCCUACAUCUCGUACAAAGGACUUCUCAUUCACCACCGCAAAAUGGCGGUCCCCUUAGUAAGGAUAGUGCCACAACAGCUUUUUCGCACAUCUGCAGUGGGGAAGAUCAGAUGGAUGCGCUUCUUCUCCCCCCUCCAGAAUUCGCGAAGGCAGCCGAGCAUGGAAGCACACUCCGCGGAGGGUUGGCUUCCUCUGCCGCGUCGCGCUCCUAUGUGCAUCCUUCGCAUCUUCGAUCGCAAAAAUCUAGCUCGAUGCUUCCGCGCUCUCCGAAUCCAGUGCAGGAGGAAGCGGAGUAUGCGGACACGGUACUUUGCGCAGACUCCUACGCGACCGGGGUGUGCUUGAAUUGCCACCACCUCGAGGAAACAACAGCGGCAGGGAAUGGGCCCCCCGACGAGGCGCUCCGUGUCGAGCAUUUCUUCUACUUCAUGACGCGCGAGGAUGCAAGGCUAUUGUUUGCGACAAUUGACAACGAUGGUGAGGUCAUGCACAAAGUCAUUACAAAGCAACGAUGA